AUGGGAAGAACUAGUCGUAAAAUCGAAGAAUUUGAACCAACAUACGCGGUGGGAGAAGCCUAUGAAAAAGAGAGGCUAGAACGUAUAGAACAGAAUAGGGCCUUACUAGCAAAGCUCGGCCUUAUUAAUUUUAGCCUUUCACCUCCUAAACCUAAAAGACCACCUAAACGCCAAAUUGACACAGAAGAAUCUCAACAGGAAGAACAUGUUCGAACACCUUCGCGUAAGAAAGACUCAGACAAGGAGUUUGUUCUUGGAGAUAAAGACUAUGUGGAUGACAAUAGCGAUACUUCUGAAGAAUAUGGUUCUGAAAAUAGUGAUGCGUCCGUUGAUCUCAACGGUCAAGAGUCAACGACAAAUGACGAUACUUGCAAUUCGUCACAAUUUACCAACAGUACAGAUCAUAGGUCUACUCGAGUUAAUGAACAAGAAAUGGAAUUGAAAUCCCUUGCCAUCACUGAUCGUCAGCUCACAGAAAAACAAGCGGUGGCAGGAUCACAAGUUCAAAGUUCUAAAGCUCUGUCAGAGGCUAAAAAAAUGGAGCAUAAAGAUAUUACUGAUCUUAAUAGAGAUUUAAGAGACCAAGCUGAGUCAAUUCACAAAGUACUUUUGCCGAUUUUCAAUAGAUUACUAAACAAGGAUGAAGAUCAAUUGGAUGCAGUCAACAUUGGAAGGCAUUGUGAUUUUAAAUUUGUUCCAGAAUCUCCGUGCAAGUUAGUUGAUUUUCUUGGGGGUGUUAAUUAUACACCUUCCCAAGAUAAUAGGGAAAUUUUUAAUCGUUCCGUAGGUUUCUUCCGGAAAAUAUUGACAGAAAUAGAAAUGGAAAAGAGAUGGGAACAUUUUAAAUUUUUCAUCAUUCAAGAUUAUAAAGAUGGCGACGGAGGAUUUUCGGUGGGGAUCUCUCGCACGGAGAAAUCAGAAACAAAUAAGGUUUCAAGAAUUGAUUUUCCAUCAACCGCAAAUGAUGAUUCUAAAAAACUUUGCAAUAUUUGGUUUGACGCAAAAGCAAGGCCAAUGUUUAUAAUAACACCUGUUCGGCAUGUUGAGAGGCUUUCUGAGUGUACUGAUGAUGAAAUAUUUUCAAUAUUUCAUCUUGCAACGCAAAUAAUUGACGAAGAGAUGAAAGUUUCUAAAGCGCCGUGGGAAGGUGUGAGGUUUCUUCGAAUGAUAUUAAAUCAUGGCAAUUCGAGAAACAUUGAACAUUUACAUCUCAAAGUCACAUUAAGACAUCAAGAUUUUAAGUAUUUUAAAGAUAAUGGAUGGGAUGGUGUAAAGAAACAAAAUUUUAGAAUAUUGGAAGGUGGUUUAUAUAAAAGAGAUGAAAGAUUGCAGCAAAUAACAUAA